AUGUCGGACUGGGAAGAGGACGAAAACGAGCCUUGUACGCCAAAACCCACAGCCACCAAAUGGACGCCUCCGAGUGACCUGACGCUCUGUGGAAGUAUUGCCUUUGGUGUACAGAACAAGAGCAAACUAGAAGCUUUUAGGGAGAAAAGAGGGAACUAUUACGCGGGCGGUGGACGUGGACGACGCGAGUACCAAGGUGGGGGAAAUGAUGGCCGCUCUUUUUCCCGGAGUGACGAACGAGGACCCGACGGAAGACGACGAUUUGGGGAUGAAAAGUCCAAUUCACCCGUCACUAUCACCGUGGAAAGUGGCCUGGUUGGGAGAAUAAUUGGCCGCGGAGGAGCUAAAAAACGGGAAUUGGAGGUGAAUACAGGUGCGAGAAUCAAGAUCAACGGCGGCGCGAAUGGGGCCGAGGUGCUUAUCUUUGGACCUUCUGCCGCUCAGCAGAAGGCCAAAGAGAUGAUGGAAGAGCUGGUGGCCGACAGGAACCCUCGAUCCCACAGCGGAGGUUAUGGAGGAAGAAGAGGUAAUGGAGGCGGAUAUGGAAGAAGAGGAGGAGGAGGAAGCGGCUCGGUGUGGUCCGAUGUACAAUUACAGUCAGCAGAUGUGGCCCCCGCCCGUGCGUCCGUAGACUGGAUCAACAUUCGGGAGAACAUGCACAAGUAUGAAGAGAUGAAAUGGAAAGACCUGCCGCCCAUGAAGAAGAAUUUCUACACGGAGGCCGAGGGCGUUUCCCUCCUCACCGAUGAAGAAGUCCAAGAUUGGAGGAAGGAAAACAACAAUGUAUUUGUGGACGACCUCGUGGACGGCGGGAAGAAACGGGCCAUCCCAAAUCCCUGCCGGAGCUUUCUGGAGGCCUUUGAGCGUUACCCGGAAAUCAUGGACAACAUCCAUCGGGUCGGCUUCGUCAAACCGACUCCCAUCCAGUCGCAGGCAUGGCCGGUGCUGUUGAGCGGGGAGGACCUGAUCGCCAUCGCUCAAACGGGAACGGGCAAAACUUUGGCUUACCUGCUGCCCGGAUUGAUCCACAUGGACGGACAACCCGUACCUCGGUCAGAGCGCGAAGGACCCGGCAUGCUGGUGCUGACUCCCACCAGAGAGCUGGCCUUGCAGAUUGAAGAGGAGUGCGGCAAGUAUCGCUACAAAGGUUAUAAAAGCAUCUGCAUCUAUGGCGGCGGCGACAGAAGGAGUCAGGUCUACCUGGUGAAGGGCGGCGUGGACAUCGCCAUCGCCACGCCAGGACGACUAAACGAUCUGCAGAUGAACGAGCUCAUCAGUCUACGCUGCAUCACCUACUUGGUGCUGGACGAAGCGGACCGGAUGCUGGACAUGGGCUUUGAACCCCAGAUCAUGAAGAUUCUGCUGGACAUCCGGCCCGACAGACAGACCGUCAUGACAAGUGCCACUUGGCCCACAGGGGUGAGACGUUUGGCCAAAUCGUACCUCAAGAAUCCCAUGAUGGUUUUUGUGGGCACCUUGGAUUUGGCUGCUGUAGGUACGGUGGAGCAGACUGUGCUGGUGCUGCAUGAAGAUGACAAGAAGUCCUACCUGUUUGGCUUCAUCGGGAACUUGCUACCUGAGGAUAAAGUCCUCAUCUUUGUUGGCAAGAAGAUCAAGUGUGAUGACCUGUCCAGUGACAUGUGUCUUCAAGGUCUGGCCGUUCAAAGUCUCCAUGGCGACCGGGAGCAGUGUGAUCGGGAGGAGGCGCUCAAGGACUUUAAAGAUGGUCGCGUUCGCAUCCUGGUGGCCACGGACUUGGCGUCUCGUGGCUUGGACGUCCACGACAUCACGCACGUUGUUAACUACGACUUCCCGCGAAACAUCGAGGAGUACGUGCACCGUGUGGGCCGCACCGGACGAGCAGGACGCUCCGGAGCUGCUGUUACCCUGGUAACGAGAGAAAACUGGAGGAUGGCACCGGAGCUGAUUCCCAUUCUGGAGCGGUCGGGGCAGGAUGUCCCAGUGGAGCUGGUGCAAAUGGCGGAACGAUAUGAGAACCACAAAAGGGAGAAGAUGUUCCCACCUCCCAGAGAUCGAGGCAGUCGAGACGGAGGACGAGAUGGACGAGGAGGAGGCAGGGUUCGUGGCCAAAACUGGGGAUUGUAGUCGGUCUUCCUCUUCAAAGUGAGUCAGCUCAUCAAGCACAGGUAUAGAGUGGUCUAUAUACAGCAGGGAUGUCAAACUCAUUUUUGUCACGGGCCACAUUGUUGUUAUGGUUUCUCUUGGAUGGCCAUUAUAACGAUGAACCCAUAUACUGUAAAUGUAUGAUCGCCGCAUAUCACAUAUACACAACAAAUAAAUGGAUAACUAGUUUUGAAAUCAGAAGCCAGU